AUGGCCGAUCCUCUUCCUUCCGGCCCUAAACCCCCCGGUCCAUCACUACUCGCUUGUCUACUGUGUCGUCAGAAACAUCUGAAAUGUGAUGGUCGAUCUCCAAUCUGCGGCCGUUGUGCUUUGACCGGUUCCGAGUGCAACUACACCAAAUCACGCCGAGGUUACAAAGGUCCAUCGAAGAAGCGUCGCGCUAAUGAUGAAUCGCCAGAGCACCAGCUGCCCAUGGACCCUUUCGUCGGUAAGGCCGAUGUUUCCGUCGACUGGAAUCAUCUAUCAACUGGUGGAGGUGGGGAUGGGGGACUUCCAGGCUAUCAUCAUCAAUAUACACCUACAAUGCCAUUGCUUUCCUCUGGGUCUGCAAGCCCCGGAUUGCACGAAUUUCCUAUCACAAUGCCUCCAACCCGUCCGAUCCCGGGCCCGUUGACCCCGGAUUCUUCUUCUUCUGUCGGCAGCGACGGAUACCUACUCGAUAUUUACUAUACCUACUUUCACGCCGCGCAUCCUAUUCUCCCACCCUUACGAUUCCUAUACCGCUCCAAUUUCCCUCCAUAUCUGGAACAAGUGAUGAAGUUUAUUGGCGCUCACUUCACCCCGGCCACCUCAAGUGAGAUCUAUCGCCCAAUGGUUGUCGCGGCGGUUCACGAGCAAGUCACCAGCAUCGAGAAGAUCCAGGCUCUCCUCCUUACUAGCGAUUAUCUAGCACUUGACAUUGGUCUCAACCAAGCCAACUAUGCCGAGGUUGCGAGCAACGGCGAUCCAAUCCGCGCCGAGUGUCUGCGACGGACCUGGUGGGAGUUGUUUGUGAUCGAGGGAAUGCUGACGGCCCUCGGCGUGCAAAGCGUGUACCGCACUAACCUGGUGUUACCCGAAGUCCCACUUCCCUGCGAGGAGCGAAUAUACCAGGACGGUCUGACCCCGCCACCUGCACCGACAAUUGCCCAGUUCGAUGAGCGUGUCUUUGCCGAUGAGGAGCGUGAUUUCUCUUCCUAUUCCUACCGAAUUGAAGCGGUGCGGAUUCUUGGUCGUGUGGUGGCCACGCAAGAAAUGACCGAGGGCCAGCAGGAUAACGUCGAGGCCAUCGAUGCCCGUAUCGCUAGUUGGUUCCACCACCUGCCGGAAUCCAAGGCAGAACUCAUGCGACCGGAUGGUUCGGUAGAUGAGAUCAUGUUUCAAGCGACCAUGAUAGUAAAUGGAGCCUCCAUCUACCUGAACUUCCCUCGUUCCGAUCUCUUGUCAUCCCCAGCAGUCGCCUCGGAAGUAAUCUGUGGUCACCACGGUCCGAUCAGUGUUCCCGCCUUCUCCCACCACGCCCAUGCCAUGAAGGCCGUCAAGGCAGCCAGCGAGCUGUCUACGCUGGCGGCCAUGCGUCUGCCCGUGGAGCGACACACGCCUUUCUUUAUUUGCGCACUCACGCUCAGUUCCAUCGUUCAGCUGGCCGCCUGCUCCGUCAAGGCAGGCCAGAUGCCUGACCCCAGUCGCGAUCGAAUCGGUCUGACCAUCGGUGUUUUCCGAUCAUUGGCUCGUACCUGGGCCAUCUCCCAAUCCAUCAUGCGACAGAUUAAAGCUGUCGCGCGCGAUGUGCUGGAGCUUGGUGUUCGGCCUAGCAUAGACCCGCUAGAUCUUACGUCAUAUCUCGAUGCUGGCCGAUUUUGGGUCCAGGAUGGACCGAGCUGA